AUGACGACGACAACGACGACAGCCAUAAAGUCGACACCGGCUCCCGCCGCUCAACGCUGGGCCCCUCGCCCAUCACCCUUCUUCCCGGUCCCCGAAGUCCAGUGGGAUGCCGAGUCUGGAGAGCCGUACCUCGCGAUUGAGGGUCAUCCAGACCUUCAUUUGACACCGUUUCAUGACACUCAGGAGGAUGCCGAGGCAUUGACCGCGAAUGUCAGGGUCGGGUACUGGAACCGUGGCGCACCAUUCCCAGGCACUGUUGCCGAUUCUCAAUCACGUCUUCUCGAAGUAUGCCCGGCGCAGCUCGAAGCCGUUGCCGCACUCCGCGCAGAUCCUGGUGCCACCGUCUCGAUACUCCCAUUCACUGUCAUUCGUGACGCUGCCACUGGGCUGUAUGUCGGCGAGGCUGGUGUUUGGGCAGGCGGUGUGAAUACUCCAGACGUCUGGAAGCUGGCAUACAGUGUUUCCCCUACAUUGCAGGGGAAGGGCAUCGCGACCGCGGCAGUGAAGACUGUACUUGGGUACGCUGCAAAGGCCAUGGGUGUGAGGAAGGUGGAGGCGUCACUUGAUAUUGCCGUGCCAAACGCUAAUGCACCAACACAGACGAUCGACGCAGCCAACGUCGCCUCGUGCAAGCUCGUGGAGAAGUUGGGGUUCUCCGCCGCCGAGGUCCGCAAAUUCACUUGGAACCCGGCAAAGGGCGGUGACGAACGCGAGGCUGCCAUCUUCCAACGCGAGUUUGGUCCCCCCGUCAGUCUUAAUCCGGCCCCACCCUUUCCUGUGCCCGAGGUCAAGUGGGACGGCGGUGAGCCGUACCUCCAGCCACGGCCAGAUGUCAUCCUCACGCCAUAUCGCGAUACCCCAAGGGACGUGAAGGAGCUCAUGGAGCUAUGCAACGAGCACGAAGUGGGGAAAUGGUCACAUAAUCGCGCCUACCCAUUCGAGGAGAAACACGCCCGCAAGCGCUUCGACGGCUCCAUUCCCCCGCAAACAGUCGCUGUGGCUGCUCUCCGUGCCGAUCCCAAUGCCGUCGUGGAGGUAAUGCCAUUCACGGUGAUCCGCGAAGCCACAACGGGCCGGUACAUUGGCGACACUGUGUUGCGGUUUGAGGGCUCAGGAGAGGAGCGUGUUGCCUGGCUCGCAUAUGGUCUGCAUCCCGAGUUCCAUGGUCGCGGCAUUGCAGCGGCCGUUGUCGGCGCCAUGCUGGGCUGGUCCAAACAGGGGAUGGGAGCGACCAAGGUCCAAGCUACUGCUGAGACGACCAACCCUGGCUCGAAUGGCUUGCUCAGGAAGCUCGGGUUUACAAACGUCGAGACAAAAUGGGUCAAGUUCCCCGAGGACAAGGGCGGACAGUGGCGUGAAGCUGGUGACUGGUUGAGGGAUCUGUAG